AUGGGAAUCGAAGACGCACUCCCCCGAAAGCUUCGCCAGAAGCUCAGAGAAGACCUUCUAGCCGCCAACGACGAGUUUGUGCACGCCAUUCCCAAAGUCGAGCUUCAUGUGCAUAUUGAAGGUACUUUAACCCCCGAGCUGCGAUGGGAGAUUUCUCAAAGGAAUGGUCUCAAAGUAAGGUUCGGCAAUGGUCCCGAGCUACACAGUUUGGAGGAACUGAGAUACGCCAUGAACAGCGCGGAACCUAAAACGGAAGAUGAGGAGCGCGAGUUCUUCUUUGCGUCAUAUUAUGGAGCAUUUGAUACGUUGAAGACCAAGCAGGAUUAUUUUGAUUUGGCAAUGAACUACUUUGAGCACGUUGCGGCUAUGAAUGUGCGGUACUGCGAGGUAUUUUUUGAUCCGCAGGGUCAUACGAGCCGGGGUAUUCCCUGGGAUGUUAUGAUGGGAGGGUUCAAAGAGGCUCAGAUCAAAGCCGAGAGUGUUCGUUCCGCAUGGAUCAUGUGUCUUCUACGUGAUCUGCCCCCUGAGGACGCAAUGGAUCAUUACAUGGCGGCAUUGCCAUAUCGCGACAUGAUUGCCGGCAUCGGGCUUGAUUCAAACGAAUACCAGCGCCCUCCCUUAUUAUUCCAAGAGGUAUUCUCACUGGCCCGCCAGGAAGGCUUCCGGAUCACGAUGCAUUGCGACGUGGGACAAGAUAACACCCAUGAGCACAUUCGACAAGUUGUUUCUGAGAUGGGCGGAAACGGCGCGGAUCGAAUCGAUCAUGGCCUCAACGCAGCCGAUAGAUCAGAUCUGGUGGACCUUAUUCUAAAGCGCGACAUAGGCAUGACCAUCUGCCCGUGGGCUUACAUGCGAUAUCAGACUUACAGCGAGCUCGGUCCGAAAAUGCGACUUCUUUUCGAUGCGGGAAUCAGAAUCACUAUCAACAGUGAUGAUCCGGCUUUUAUGGACGAUGCUUGGAUUCUGCACAAUCUGUUGCUCACAAAACACUUUGGAUUUGCUGAUAGGGAAAUCGUAACGUUGGCCCGAAACGCGGUCAAAGUUUCCUGGGCAGCGCAGUCGACCAAGGACGACAUUUUGCAGGAGAUCGAUGCGGUCUAUAGACGCUUUUAUCCAAGUUGA